UACACAGUACUGCUACUGGACCAGCUCCUCCUACAGGUACAAACAAGCCAUUGAUAGGAGGUCCUCCACUCUCUCCUAUUGCAUUAAUGGAUAUACCAGAUGAUAGACCAAAAGUAUCUGAAUUGAUAAAGUUUCAUGAGUUAUUAAUAAAAGGACAACUUGAGAAGUUUCUACCACUGCUUGAUACUGAUACUAUAAGGAAGAUUAGAAAUGCUGUUAAUGAUCAUGAAAGAAUGUCUCUUCUUAUAAGAGCAUUUGAAGAACAUCCAAUACUGCUCCAAAAAGUGAGAACUACUGGAAUAAAAGGUUUGUUCAAACCAAUGGAAGGAUCAAUGUCACCAGAAUACAUUACAGUGAAAGAGAUGUUAGCUGAUCUUGUUGAUCUGUUGGCAGGAAAUGCUCCAGUUAUUUCUCAGUUAAAUAAUCAUCUCUUUUCAUCUGAUCUCAUUCCUAAAGCAGUACAUCUUACUGUUGAAAGUACUGCAGGACUCACUCCUUAUGAUAGAGCUAAUAAAAUAUUCUCUUCAGUACUAGCAACACUUGAGUGUCAUCCUAAUCCUAACAGUGUGUUCUCUUCUCUCAUUACUUCACUACAGAAAGUAGGACUCAACAACAUGGCAUCUAAACUGAUGGAAAAUUUAAGAGGAAAAGGUGGUCAUGUUGACCCUAAUCUAGAGCAGCAACCAUCAGUCAGUAAGGGACCACUUCAACCAGUGGAUGUCACUCCACAAUCUCACACACCACAACCAACAAUCACUGGAUCACAAUCAUCUACUCCUACUACUGUCAUUGAGCUCAGUUCAAAGAGUGAAGUUGCUGCCAAUAUUAAAAGUCUUCAUUCUCGGUUUGCAUCUCUUGAUUGUGAUAUAAGGGAUGAGUUUGAGGAGCUGGUGAAACAGGGAAAAGUGAAUCUUAAAGCUGUAGCUAGGAGUGCAGCUACUUACUUAAGCAUUAAAGUAUCCAGUUUGAAAUAUGGCAAUGUUGAUGACUUAUUCUACUCUCUUCAGCCUCAUUAUGAUUUCUUUAACUGUGAUGGUGUGCUUAAACACUUGGCAGACACUUACCUUUCAACUGCACAAAUUGAACUAACUCAAUACAUUCGUAGUGUUGAUAAAUUCUCAGAAUCAUCUCAAUUGAAGCACAUACGAUCAAAAAUCAAAGAGAAAUUGUCAUCAUUACCAACAGCAGCUUCACCAACCACUAGCCAUAAAAAAAAACCAGUUGUUAUUCAGCUAAGCGACAGAUGGGAUGAAAUGACUCUAUCUAAAUUUAAAAGAGUCCUUCAGUAUUACUUUGGGCAUAAAGUAGCAGAUAUUUCUACUAUAGUGGACAUUGAUUUUGGUUCAGUUGUCAUUACACUGUUAAUACCAACCUCACUAUCACAGUCUCUUAUUGAUGCUAUCAAUAACAGAACAAACUCAAUGAGUAGAUUAGGAAUAUUGGAAGUUGCUGUUGACAAUAAAGCGAUUCCUAUCAAAAAAAAAGAUGAUAACAAUUUUGAUGUUUCGCUCCAUGAAUCAGUUAAAGCUGGUGAUAGUUUUGAAGUAUCAAUGCUACUGCAGUUAGGAGCUGAUCCUAACAGUAAAGAUGAGAGAGGAAAGAGUGCAGUAGAAAUAGCUAAUCGUACUGAUAUGGAUGGAUUCAGGUAA